UGCGCAGUGGCCGCCCCCACAAAGGCCCAGACCCCACUCCGCCCCUCUCUCUCAUCUAAAAUACACUCCAGAGUCAGCAGCUUUCUCAGUUUCUGCCCUCUUCUUCCUCGCCUGCUCCGGCUGCCACCACGUCGCCCCUUCCUUCUUAACAGCUACCAUCGGACCCUCUCUCUGUGUGUCUCUUGCCCUUUUCGAAUAGAGCCAUCGCAUCGCCCUAAUUCUGAAGCCUUUUGCGUCUCUAUAGCCCACAUCCUUUCAUUUAUUUCCUCUUCAAGAACCAUAACCCUCUGUUGUUUACUAGACCAGGCAUUUUCAUUUGGGUCUUAAUUCUUCUUUCUUUGUAUUAUUUCCUAAUCGAAUCAGAGUUUUCUAAACUCUAAUUGAUUGCGAGUUUGUUGGCUUCCUCCUCUCCUCUGCCUCACUAUGGUUGGUUGGACACUGUUGAUCUUCGGCUUGUGGGCUUCCGCCGCUCUCCCUUUGUCGUCUUCAGAUCCCAACGACGAGGCUUGUCUCACUAAUCUAAGCCAAUCUUUAGAAGACCCAACUAACUCUCUCCACAACUGGACCAAAUCCAACCUCGCCAACCCUUGCAAUGGCUUCAACUCUUACAUUCAUGGCGCCACUUGCAACAGUGGCCGUAUUUACAAGCUUUCCCUCAAUAAUCUCUCCCUCCGCGGCUCUAUUUCUCCUUUUCUUGCUAACUGCACCAAUUUACAAGCCCUCGACCUCUCCUCCAAUUUUCUCACAGGCCCCAUCCCUUCCGACCUUCAAUAUCUCGUUAAUCUCGCUGUUCUCAACCUCUCUGCCAAUCGCCUCACUGUCCAGAUCCCUCAGGAGCUCGCAUUUUGUGCUUAUUUGAAUGUUAUUGAUCUCCACGAGAAUUUGCUAACUGGCCAGAUACCUCAACGAUUGGGUCUUCUCGUUAGGCUCUCCACUUUCGACGUAUCUAAUAAUCGUCUCUCCGGACCAAUCCCCUCCACUCUCGGCAAUCGAAGCGGCAAUUUGCCUAAAUUUAACGCCUCCUCCUUCGUAGGCAACAAGGAUCUGUACGGCUUCCCUUUGGCGCCAAUGAAGAACAAGGGGCUUUCCAUUAUAGCCAUUGUUGGAAUCGGUUUAGGGAGUGGACUUGUCAGCUUGGUGUUGAGCUUCACCGCCGUUUGCAUUUGGUUGAAAAUUACCGAACGGAAGAUGGUGGUUGAAGAAGGGAAAAUUAGUCAUCUCAUGCCUGAUUAUUGAUCUUAAUCACCCAUCAGAGAUUAUUAAGCUAUCACCCGUUCUUGAUGAAUUUUCUGUUCAGGUAUAUACCAUUUCCCCCCUUUUCGAACCAGUAAUGGUCUACUCUUUUUCUUUUCCUUUUUUUUAUUGGGAGAUGCCGCCUCGAUUUGAUUCAUCAUCGGAGAGGAUCUUUUUUUAUUUUUUUCAAACUUUUUGCCCCUCUCCUAUUUUCUUCCCGAAACAAUCAACAAUGUAUAAAACCCACUGGUUAUAAUCGAGUUAUCGCUCUCAAUUAUUAUUACACAUUUUGAAGAACAAAAUUGUCUGC